GAACAGGUCUCCAGGCAACAGCGUCGCCCUCACUCACUUGAGCUCAUAUCCGGAGUGGACAUUUCAGCUUCUUCCGACGUCGCUCACAUGACAUCCUGAACAUCACUCGAAUUCAGCACAGGCCAAAGACAAAUGAUGGUUUACACACAGCAAUUCCAGCGUCGCGAGCUUCUCACAAAAUUGAUCAUUUCAACACCCAAACUGCGAAGCCUUGGUUACCAAGAGGAUUCGAGUGAUGUCGACGACCGACGACCACGAGCUGCGUUUCACUUGAGAAAAAAUCUUCCGCCGAUUAAUUACGACGUCCGCGAGAGUUUCAAAGAUCUGUCUCUGUACCUCGAUAAGAGGGCAGAAGAAGUGAUGCAGUCACCACCGAAGCCCGAAGGAACGGGCACGCCCAAACGUCGCACAACUCGCUUUGGGGGUGUCGCUCGAACGGGAAUGUACUCUGAUGAAUUGAACUUUCCACAGCUGAGCGCCGGUGACUCUGGCGAUGCAUUAACGAAGACGCCACGUCGCUCAACUCAUCUCUCGAAACAAAAGAAUGGCAGUACCAGUUACAUCGAAGCCAAUGAGUGGAAAUCGGGAGUGCGAUUCUCGAUGCGCGAGCAGAACAAUACCAGCGAGGAGCCUUUGUUAAGCCGCGACGUGACUGACCUCUGGGAUGAUCAAGCCUGGAUGCCAUCAAACAGAAACGCUGGAAAGCAUUUGGCUGCUUUGGACCAAAGGAAUGGAGGCAGUGGAGAGACGGCGCAGUUCAUUCUGCGCCCACAACCUCCGAGAAGUUCUCGCAAGCGCAUCGUAAAAGACGACGACGACGACGACGACGAAGGUGAUUCUAUUCGCGUUGCUAAGCGCCCCAAAUUUCUUCCUACGCCUUCAGUAACGGACACGGUUGAUCUCACCACGCCUCCGCCCGAGCUCCCGGAGAUGCCUACGGCACCCGUCAAGAUCAAACGCGAACGGAAAGAAUCAGCCACAGAUCGCAGCUUCACCAUGUCUAUCGAACCAGUGAACGGGAAGGAUGCAGAACUUCUCGAGCAGCUGAGAAACCUACUGCGGCAGUACCAGGCCAGCGUCAUACUCAAACGUCCAGAUCUGGAGAAUACUGUGCUUGCUGUAUUGAGAAGCAGCAACAUCCCGCACGCCGUCUUCAAUGAGUUUGCAAGCAUUUGUUAUAGCGGAUUGGAAGGUGGCCCACUGCGACCGGAUUCGAGCCUGGGAGAAUGGUUGAAGGAACGUUGGGUGCAAUACAUGACCAACUCCAAUGCGAGCGGAGGUUAGUGAGUGGAAGUCUACGCAAGAGAUAAAGGGCAACGGGGAACUUGGACCCGAAUCAUGGCGCU